CAAGAGUUUAUCCGCAGUAAGGAGCCGCCAGGUCCUGCGAUCCAUCGGCGAUUUUUUACUUUUAUUCCACUAAUGCAGUGCGGUGCGAGUGUACAUUUGUUUUGUGAUAUUGGAUUUAUUAAACGUUUAUUUUAAAAAUGUGGAGCCAUUGGAUUCUAUGUUUCAAGGUUUUGUUUGGAGUUUUACUAUUUCCAUCACCGAGUAAACUUCAGUCCGUCAACCCGAUAACAUCGUUUAUGAAUUUCUUACAAGAAGGUACGAAUCAACGUGACAAUGAACCACCCGACCAAGUUAAUUUGUUGACGGAGUAUGACUUCAUUGUUGUUGGUGCGGGAACAGCUGGGUGCGUUGUGGCUAACCGAUUAACAGAAUUAAAGGACGUGAAAGUUCUACUCUUAGAAGCUGGAGUUAAUGAGAACUACGUUAUGGACAUACCAAUUCUUGCAAAUUAUCUGCAGUUCACUGAAGCGAACUGGGGAUACAAGACGAAACCCUCGAAAAAAUAUUGUGCAGGUUUCGAAAAUCAGCAAUGUAAUUGGCCACGCGGAAAAGUUGUCGGUGGAUCAAGUGUCCUAAAUUAUAUGAUAUACACACGAGGUGCUGCAGAUGAUUAUAACAAUUGGGCAUCAAAAGGUAAUGAAGGCUGGGGAUGGGACGAUGUACUGGAUUAUUUCAAAAAAAUUGAAAAUUACAACAUACCAGCCUUUGACGAUCCUAAAUAUCACGGCCAUGACGGCCAUGUUAAUGUAGAGUAUGCACCAUUUCGUACAACAAAAGGAAAAGCUUGGGUUAAAGGGGCCCAAGAAUUAGGCUUUAAGUAUAAUGAUUACAAUGGACAAAAUCCAAGUGGUGUAUCUUUCCUACAACUGUCUAUGAAGAACGGAACAAGGCACAGUUCCAGUCGAGCAUAUCUUCAUCCUAUAAAGAAAAGAAAUAAUUUACACGUAUCUAAAGUGAGCAUGGCUACGAGAUUACUGUUCGAUACAACAAAAACUCGUGUAAUUGGAGUCGAAUUCGAGAAACGAGGAAAGCGUUAUAAAAUAUUAGCAAAAAAAGAGAUCAUUGUAUCGGCUGGUGCAAUCAAUUCACCUCAACUCCUCAUGUUAUCAGGAAUAGGCCCUAAAAAGCAUUUAGAGUCACUAAAUAUUCCAGUUGUAAAAGAUUUACCUGUAGGAUAUAAUUUAAUGGACCACAUUGCAGCCGGUGGACUCCAAUUUAUUGUUCAACAUCAGAACCUUAGUCUGUCUACUGGUUAUAUUUUAAACCAUUUAGAAUUGGUAUUUAAGUGGAUGCGGAAUCAUAAAGGACCGUUGUCUGUGCCUGGUGGUUGCGAAGCAUUAGUAUUUUUGGAUUUAAAAGAUAGAUUUAACGUGAGCGGCUGGCCGGACUUAGAACUGCUUUUUAUAAGUGGGGGAUUAAAUUCAGAUCCUUUGUUGAGAAGAAAUUUUGGUUUCGAUGAACAAAUAUUCACAGACACCUAUACAGCUCUAGGUAAUAAUGAAGUUUUUAUGGUUUUUCCAAUGCUGAUGAGACCAAAAUCAAGAGGCAGGGUAAUGUUACAAAACAGAAAUCCAAAGUCACAUCCGAUAUUAAUCCCAAAUUACUUUGAUGAUCCAGAAGAUUUGCAAAAAAUUGUGGAAGGCAUCAAAGUGGCAAUUGAGAUAACUCGUCAACCGUCAAUGAAAAAGAUACAAACGAAAUUGUAUGACGUCCCUAUCGCUGACUGUCUGAAGUAUGGGCCUUUCGGUAGUGACGAGUACUUCGCGUGUCAAGCACAAAUGUUCACUUUUACAAUUUACCAUCAAAGUGGGAGUUGUAAAAUGGGUGUCAAAAGUGAUCCUACAGCGGUUGUAGAUCCUAGACUAAGAGUACAUGGUAUAGAAAAUCUAAGAGUAAUCGAUGCUAGUAUAAUGCCAGAAAUUGUUUCAAGUCAUACAAAUGCCCCAACAUUCAUGAUAGCAGAAAAGGGCGCUGACAUGAUUAAAGAAGACUGGGGGAGAAAGUCGCAGAACAUGUAAAUGGAACUAAACUGUUGGCUGUGAGGGAUUGUAGUUUACUGUGACAUAAAUUAAGCUGAUAAUCCCUAUUCACUUUAGUAGUUUUAAUUUUUGGUAUAUUGAAAAUCAAAAAAACCUACCUCACCAAAUAUGAAUAGAUAUAUAAUAAAAAUGUAAUUAAAUGCAUCUAGAUAAAAAACCUUUGAAAAUUUAAAUAAAAUUAUAUAUUAAAAUUUCAUUUAAUAACAUCUAAUUGCAUUUAUGACAUUCUGAAGAGUGAUCCUUGGAUCAAAAUUGUAGCUAAGCUAGUAAUGUAAAAACCUUAUGUAAUUUUCCGCAAAUGUAAUUUUUUAUUUACCAGAAUCUUAGGAUAAAAUAUUGUUGCGGUGUUCAAAUUAUUAUUUUACUACGGUGUCUCAGUUAUAUGUACAUGUACAAAUAGAAUAAGGUUUAUUUAUUUUAUAAUAAGCUGACAAACAGCACGGUGCGUAUCUUACAAAUAAAGAGUAUAAUUAUA